CUCGCGCGGCUCGCCGCCCCGGCCCCGGCCCUGCACCUGUGACUGUCGCGGCGCUCGCCCUCCCCGCCCGGCGCCCGCGGCCCCCAUGGCCCCGUCCCGCCUGCAGCUCGGCCUCCGCGCCGCCUACUCCGGCCUCAGCUCCGCGGCCGGCUUCUCCAUCUUCCUCGUCUGGACCGUGGUGUACAGACAGCCGGGGACCGCGGCCAUGGGGGGGCUCGCAGGUGUGCUGGCGCUGUGGGUGCUGGUGACGCACGUGAUGUACAUGCAGGAUUACUGGAGGACCUGGCUCAAAGGGCUGCGUGGCUUCUUCUUCGUGGGCGUCCUCUUCUCGGCAGUCUCCAUCGCCACCCUCUGCACCUUCCUGGUGCUGGCUGUCACCCGACACCAGAGCCUCACAGACCCCAACAGCUACUACCUCUCCUGCGUCUGGAGCUUCAUCUCCUUCAAGUGGGCCUUCCUGCUCAGCCUUUAUGCCCACCGCUACCGGGCUGACUUCGCCGACAUCAGCAUCCUCAGCGACUUCUGACCCGAGGGGUGAGGUUUCUGGACCCCGAAGGUCCUCAGGACCUGGACUCAGCCUCUGAGACACCAGACAGGCCUGCCACACCCCCCUGGAAACCCUAGAUCUGUGGCAGAAGAUACACAGCAAGAGGACUGCGGUCUCCCCGGAAGAUGUCCUGCUCCCGUUGUGGGGGAGAUCCGGGUGCAGCGGAAAGGGGUCCUUCCUGCCAAGUUGCUCCUCCUCAGCCUGGCUGGAGGGCAGCUUUAGACCUUUCCAAAUGGAUCUAUUUUCUUAGCGCUCAGUGAGGAAUCUUCGCAAGGAGGGCCAGGGCAAUGAGUCAAGGGGUAGGGCAGUGAGCCGUGACCUAUGCCUGGGGGCACUCUCCCUCAGGCCAGGCUGGGAACCUGGGAGGUCAGGCCAAGUAAGGGAUCUCUAGUAGAGGCCUCUCAGGCCCCAGCCCCAACACCCCAUCCUGUUGUCCUUGAGAGUCAGGUAGCUUAACUCCUCAAUCCCAGGGAUGGCAAUACUUGACUCUCUUUUCCCAAGGCCUGGGGACCUGAGAGUUUAGUGUCCCUCAUCACCCCAGAGCCGGUCUCCCAUGAGUGUGCUAGAACCAGUCAUCUUCGCCAUACCCAAGCCCUCUCUUUUACACAUACCACCCUCCCCAAGCAGGACUCCCUGAAUGAGGCCAGACGAAGUGUCUGGGAAAGGUGCCCUGCCCCCAGAAGGGCUUUGGGGAAGGGGGCAGCAUGGUGCGGGCUGGAAGGAACCCCUCAGCUCCGUGGCCGGGCACCUCCAGCCCUACAUUUCCAUCCCUUCUCACAUACAUUAUCCCUAGCUACGAGACACCCCACCGACCCUGCCCCCGCCCACUGCCCUUCACCUAGAGCUUUUGUCUUUUUUAAUCUCCUUUCUGAAGGACAUCUGCUUUUCUGCCUAUACACUGGCACAAGGGCUCACCUAACUCGGGAGGGAAGGAGCUAUUGUUACAUAGAUCUUUUUUAUGUUAGGCUGCCAUGUUGCACGGUCUACCCUCUCCCCACCUGAUGUGUCCUGCCCUUCAGCUCUUUGCCUUAUCUGUGUCACUGUCACUUUAGCAGAAAUACAGCAGCCAUUUGUAUCAGA